UUUGGGUGGAAGGGAGGGGAAAAGAUAAGUCCAUUGAUAAUGAGAAUCUGGGUGGGUACCAUGGCCCAAGCACUUUAUAUAUAAUCUUUAAGUCAAUUAAGAUUUGGUAUAUUAAAAAAGAUGCAUAUAUCAAUUUUUUUCUUCCUGUUUUCAUAUGGAACUUGAUGUUUGUGGGGGUUAUCUCAUUCAUUGUUUCUUUGCUUUAACAUUUUGCAUUUGGCACUGUUGAAACUUUCUAAACAUUUUUUUUUUUUUUAAUGACAUGUUGGGUUAUAUGCCAGCCAUGGAGAACCACCAUGGGCAUGAUUACUUAUAUCUCCCACACGUGGUUCACCCUCUCUUCUUCAAUAUUCCCACUCAUUUUCCCAUAUCUCUCUCACACACACACACACACACACACACACACACACACACACUCUUCCAGAUUAUUUUUAAAUGGAGAGUUCAGAAAUUGUUGCUCUAGUUGUUUUCAUAGCUCCACAAUUCAUUUUACUUUACAUGUGAACAUACUUUUAAUAUGUUCCCCAUUAAAAAAAUCAGAUACCAAAUCUAAUGACUUUUUUGCAAGUUAUUUCAAUAUCAGGAUGAGAUCCUGCUUUCUAUGUAAAAGAAUGCUAAAAGAAGCGAAUCUUCAGCAGCUUAGGUUUGGAACAAUUGGUGAUAACUCUGAGUAUAACAUUUAUAGUUGAUUAUCCUUAAAUUUGAAUAUCUUAAUAAUUUGGAGCAAUAUAUACUUCCUCAUCGAGAGUAGAAUGAAUAGGAAAGAGAUUUAUCAGAAUUGCUUAAGUGAAUAAAUUCACUAAAGUUAUUUAUGCAAAAUUGUCUGUUAAAGUUUAUCUAUUUUUAAAUCAUACAUUAUAAUACUUCUGAGUUUCUAAAUUGCGAGUUAACUGAAUUUAGACCAUUUGUAAUGAAGUACAUUAUAAAACUAAAAUGAUCAUUGUUAUUGAAACUACUGUUUUCACUCAGCAACAUUAAUUACUAUAGAGAAUUUGCAAUAUAUUUUUAAGAAAAGCUGAUUUUAAUAUUUGGGGAGUUAUUUGAUCCUAAAAACCUAGAUUUAAGGCCUAGGCCGUUUGACAGGCUCUUUUCAAACAGAAUUUUCAUUAUUAUGGGCUAAGUGAAGAUCAUCUAAACUAGCAUUAGCAUGUCAGGUAGAAUUUCAUAAUGCAAAAACAACCACGUGAAAAGUAAAAGAUAUGAUUGGUUUCAAGCCAACAAUUUGUCAUCUUCCAGCUGCUAAACUGACUACCAAGUUUUGAUGUUGAAUGGUCUAGGCAAUUCAUGUCAUUAGGAAAGCGGAGUAUGGCAGAGGUCAUUUGUUAGAAACAUUUUUUCUUAUAAAAAUUUCAUAGUUACUCAUGUAUUUUUAUUUUGUCCCCAUAUUAUGUUUGGUAUUUGUUUUCUUUCUUUUCCCCUGAUGUGCUUUGCUUUUGUGGAAAAUUGUCUUGUUCGAUAGGUAGAAACAUGGUGGUGAUCCUCUAUGUAAAAUAAAGUUAAUUACAGACCCAAAAUAUUUCAUUCAUUUUGGAAUUGGAAGAGUUUUGAAUUUUCAUGAAAGCAUACUUUGUUUUGGUGAUGAUUAGGAAUCUGCUUAUUAAUUAAAAUUUUGUAGCAUUUCAUGGAAAAAUUUAAGCGAAGAGUUUAAUUUUCUUUAUUUAGGGAAUACUUUAAUAAUUCAAGAGCCUCCAAGUUCAAGGACCAAACCUUUAUACUCUGGAAUUUUGAGAAUCAUGGAAAUACUCUUCUUAACAUGUGUUUUAGUCUAAACUAGAUUAAAACAGAAGGAUCCGUGGAGGACUUAAGCUGUCCUUAUUGUGAAGUAGCAAACUUACAGGACAGGUGACUUAUGUAUUCACCUGGACUAGCUUAACUAGUGAUGGGCAUCAGCUAAUGAAUUAUUAGAUACAUGUUGGGAUUAGGUCAGACUCCCAUUUAGCUGGAGUGGAUUGGCAAUUUCCAGUGUAGGUUGUUGUUGGUGGCAUUUGACCUACCUCCCUACCAUCUACAUUUGGCUUUUUUUCCCCUCCCAUCCUCCUUUUUCCUUGUUUCUCUCUCCUUUAUUCUUCUCCUUGCCAUAGUCCUGCCAGUGACACUCACGCUUACCCUUUUAAGAGGGAAGUAAAGAAAUUGCUGGCUCCUGCCUUAGGACAUAGCUAACUGAUCCCAGAAAGAUUUCUGUAUGAUAAGAUAAUUGCGCAGUUUUUCUGAGUGCUAUUUUCCCUAUAGUCUUAAGUUGGCAGUUUGAAGGGCAUUGAAAUUGUUAAGAAAUUUGUGAAUUGAAGAGAGUAAGAAGUAUGUGUAUUUUAGGUAAGUUACUGGAGGCUGAGAUUUACUGGUUUGGAAAUUUGAGAGCAGAAAGGGAAGAACUAUUUAAUGUGUUCAUGAAUGGGAGUGUGAGUUAUAUAAGCGAAUGGUUUGGAGGUAAAGUGGGAGAAAUUGUUAUUAGAGGUAGGUAAAGUUACUAAGAUGGAGUCUUAAAUGAGAGUUGUUUGCUAAGGACAAUGAAGUUGAUAUUCACUAAUGAAGUUUCAGUAAAGCCAGAGAAAAUGGGUCCCUUGUUGGUUAUGAGGAAGCUAUUGGUCUGUAGCUAGUUGUUAGGAUGAUGAUGCAUUAUACAAAUCUAUUUUCAGGUGUAAGAUGUUUGCUUUUCUGGACAAAUUAAGUAGCACAAUUGUGGAAUGACAGCUUUUGUGGUCAAAGCAUGUUGGUAGUAGGGACUUACUAUUUUGAGGGAAAGAAGAUUAAGAAAAUUUUAAACUGUUUCAGUUAUCAUUUUUAAACUAUCAGAAAGUUUAUUAUACAGACUAUUUUCCUGGGCUCAUGUUACGGUGUAGUUUAGCUUUACUUUUCAAUAUUGUCCUAAGAUCAAAGCAUUAGAUUUUCCAGUUCACAAAGAUCCAUAUUGUGUUUGUUUUUAGAGAACCUUGAGCCUUUGGUCCACAUUAAUUUCUUACAAGAAGAGAAUAAGCCAGGUAAAAACACUAAACUAUAAUUUUAGGUAUUUUUAAAAUUUUUUUUACACUUGCAGUCCCACCAUUUAACACUGUGGGCCUUAUGAGACCCUCAAUAAUAUUAUAUUGCUGAAAUUAGGUGACAUACCCUCCCAAACUCUAAUUUCUGUUUGUUUUCCCACUUUUCCUGUUACUUUAAAAUCGUAGAAUUCCCAAGUGUUCAGUGGUGGCAGAUGUUAAUAAUAUAAUUUAGUGUAUCUUGGAAGUUCUUAUGUUCUUUGUAGGGUGAAUUGAUAGUGUUUAGAUUUCUCUUCCCAGUAUCCCAGGAACAUUUUUAAUUAGUUAAGAUAAAGAAUUGUUAUAAUAUGUUGUUUUUAAAUUGCAUAAUUCAAGUAUAUUUCAAAUCUUUCUUAGUUUAAUAUCGACUUAUUCUCAGUGAUUCUGACAGAUUAUUUAUUUCAUUUUACCCAAAUCUGUAUGCAUUAGUGGUAAAAUUUCUUUAAAGAUAGCUAAAAAAAGAGGUUCUGAUUUUGUAUCUGGAAAAGUAACUUUUUUUCCCCAAAUAUCAAGUUCACUAAUAAUAGCAGAAUUCUUUUUAUUAUAAUUUAUUUUUUAGAGUUAGCACUUAGUAUGCUUUUUGCAUCAUACAGAUUUUAAAUUAUAAUACACUUACAUUCUAUAACUUGUUCAAGUCCAUGCAGAGCCUUGUUAAAUAGCCUCUCCCUUAGGAAUUGUUUUUUAAAAAGUGAAUUCCCAAACCUAGUCAAGAACCAGUGAUUUAAAUGACUGCCUUUGAAAAGAUUCCUUGAGUCUAGUCAAUAGAGAUAAAUGAUAGCCCAUUUCCAUGCUGCAUACAGUUGUUAGGGUUUAUAAAGUUGUCAAUAUAUAAAAGUGCAAAAGCAGGAAAGAUGUAAAGUUGCCUAUAAAAUUUCUAGUUUUCAUUAUUUGCACUAUUUAUCUUUGCACUUGAUUUUUUGAAAGUUAAGACUAGUCACUUUCACUUUUGUUUCUAGUCUUUUCUAAUUUCUUACAGAAUUGUUUUCAAUAUCCCACCCAAAGCAAAACUUAUAUGCAAUUAAAUAUGCUUUAUAAGUCCAAGAAAAUAUUUCUUAGUGUUAGCUAUGUAGAACAAAAUUUUGUUUUGAUAAAAUUUUUAAUAUGGGCCUUUAUUUGCCAAUGUAAUCCUUUGUAAAUGUGAGCUUUAUUAAACUAUUUGAAUAGACAAAAUGAAAGCUUAGGAUAGAAAAAAAAAAUAUAUAUAUAUAUAUAUAUGAAACGAUGUCUUUGAGAUCCAGCUUCUAGCCUGAGAUGGCCUGGUUUUGGAGUGUUGAUUUGUUUUUACUGAAGUCAAUGGGAUCUGAGUCUAGCUGGGUAUUGGCUUAAAAAGCUGGAAGUGAAGUGGGUGGCAAGUGGCAGCUCCCUCUUUCAUGUAGUUUUCCAUAAUGCUCAUAGAGUUUCAUCAUGGUCUAUGUGAUAUAACUGGUAUUGAAAUAAUUACAUUAAAUGAGUAUUCCUUUUUGGAAUUCAAGGUUCACUCACUUUUUGAGGGGGGGAGGGUGGCAAGGGAUAAGAGUCUUUAUUUUAACUAGAAGCAUUCUUAUAACCUCAAGAUGUGCUCUAGAAAGAAUAGGAGAACAAGAUGUGUACCUGUGAACUUAUUUUUUGUCUUAGGUUGUGAAACACAGUGUUUAAAAUUGCAAAAAAAAAAAAAAAGUUGAUAGUUUUGUCAAUAGAACAGAAAUGUGUUUUGGCUAAAAUUAAUUUUUGUAAGUUAUUUAAUUUUUUUCAUUUUAUAUUCCCUUUCCCAUAGCCUUUUAGGCACUUCAUACUUAAAACUAACAAGCAAGAGGCCUCUCUUUAGAUCUGGUUUAUUUUUGGAAUGCCUGAGUGUGUUUCUGGAUGGGGGUAGGGGGGGCAGAGGGUGGUGGUUUAAUUCUUGACAUGCUCUUCUCAGCAUGUUUUGGUAGUCUUUCUGGAUCUCAUGUUUGCAAAUUCUGUUGGUAAUUCAGUGAUGUAUUGAAAUGAGAAAGUCCUCUAUGACAUAGUGUGAAUGUUUGUGGCUGGACUUUACUGUAGAACCUUGUGCUUUUGUUUUCAACUGGGAUAGAAAUUAAACUUCCAUUUUGUUUAGAUUUUAGGUUUAUCUAGUGGAAUUGUGCCCGGUAGUUGUCUAACUGUGGACCAAUUUUGGGGGAUGAAAGUUGACAAAUGUGUAUUUGACUCUAGAUAAUCCUUUACUCAAAAUUGUAAAUUAAGGGUUUGUAGUGUUAGAGUUGUCUUAAGUUUUAGGUUGUCAGAUCUUUAAAUGUAGAUUAUCAGCAUUAUGUUUAUGAAUUUCCUUAGGGAAAAGAGAAAAAUUCAAUCUCCAAACCUUUUCUUGGAGACUAAACUUACCAUAUAUGGAAAAUGAAAAUAUUUUAGAAAAUGGCUUUGAUUAUUUUUAAUGGAGUUUAAUCAGCUUAAUUAAUUAUUUUUCCUAGGUUGAAGCACUUAUUUCCCAAAUGUGAAUAAAGGGAAAAGAUCAGCAAUUUGGCCCCUUUUUUUUGAGGCCAGUUUUAGUUUUCUGCCCCCAUUUCCCAGUCCUAGUGUAAAAUGAAUUACGGGUAUCCCUCUAAGUCCCUGUAACCCCUUUUUGAGAUCACAGAUACCUUUGAUAAUCUGAUGAAAGUGAUGGGCCCUCUCCCCAGAUAAAAAAAAUGCACAUACAUAGAUAAUUUUACAUACAACCUCAGGGGCAUCACACAUCUUCUGAAACCCAAGUUAAGGAUCUCUGCUCUAAGAAAACUCUAUAGAGAAAAUUGUAAUGCAAUUAAUUGAUAAAAUAAAGAACUAUUAGCUUAAAACAUUUCAGAUUGGAAUUAUUGUUAGAUGGUGGCCCCUACUAGCAAAAUGUGACAUUGCAACCAGCUUUGCUAGACACUAUAACAUCCAGACAGAAGGAAAAAGCAAUGUUCUGAGAGCUAUUUAUAAGGAGUUAGGGCAUCUCUAGACGUGGGAGCCAUUCCUGGUUCAAGGCAGGGGUCAGGGUGCCUAACAGCUUCUCGCAGGGUAGAGUUCAAUAAACCACAAUGCUCAGGAUGCCAAGGGGUUAGCUAUUAUCUUAACCUCUUCCUCACCAAAAGAUUUUAGUUUUGUCUGUUGGGAAAAAAGAUGUCACUAGGAAAAAAAGAUUUGCCUUACAACUUUGCUGGAACACAUCAGUUUGGUGAUGUAUGGGACACCAGUAUUAUUUUUGAGAAGGUACAUAAAACCAAAGUAAAUUAUUCUCUAUGUAGAACAUUAUUUACUAGUAGCACAUUAUUUACUGUUUGGAUGUGUUAGCUUUGACAAUUUUUACCAGUAAAUAUUGAUUUUAUUUAAAACUGGGAAUCCAGUUUAUAAAUAGGAUAGUUGUUGUAUCUGUCCUUUCCCCUAUGUAAAGAACAGUUUAAAGAUUUAUGCAUACUUUUUACUUUUCUCUCUUGAUGCCAUGGAAUGGGGUGGGCGGGGUGGGGGGGAGAUCUUUGAGUCAACAACUGACAAAAUGUCUUCUCCAAAUUAAAAAAUUGAGAAACAGCACUUUAACUCUACACCAUUUUAAUGCAUGUAUUAGUUUUCAUAAUGAUUUUUGGUGCAUGCCUUUGGGCUUCUUCAAAAGUGUACAAUAGGAAAGUAUAUUUCCUUUCUUAGAAAGGAGAUUUUUUUCUACUUUGCAACUUGUGAUUACAAAAAUCUUCCUCUGUGGGAAGAUUAACCAUGUAUUGAACUACUGAAAAGUAUAUAUUUUUAGAUAUACAGAAGGAAUCUACAUGGAGCAGCAUUCAGACCUAUAUAGAAACCAUAGCAUUCUGUAUAGGACCAAAAAGGAAAUAACAUUAAAUACUUAAACAGACUUUGUUGGGUAGAAAUACCUUUAGAUCUUGCAUUGACUUCCAAAAAGAAAAUACCACAGAAGUUUGCUGAAAACUUUUGUUGUUUGAAUUUUCUCUGUCAGUGUAUUUAGCCCAAAUACAACAGCUUUGGGUUAACACAUACAUAAGAAUCAAAAAGAAAAACAAAACAAAACAAAACAAAGCUAACUAAAUAGAUCAGUCUGGUUUGCCAAUCCAGCUUAACUGAAAUAAGUAAACUAAUCACUUGGAACAUGAAAAACUGUCCAACUCCUCUAAGGUUUUGACAAAAUAACCUUGGCUGAUGUGGGAAGAUUCCCACUUUGAUUUCUGACCUGACAGUGAAGAUUCAUGCUUGACAUGAUUUCAAACCUGACAGUGUCUGUUUAAGGAGCUAUGGUACAGUUUGCUAAUUCAAUCCCAGAUACCUGUUGAUUACCUGUGAGAUCUAGAGUCCAAAGUAGCCAGCAGCCAUAUCCCUGAGUGCUCUGUGCCCAUCAGAUCUCUUAAAGUAAGCAGGGUUGGGACAGGUCACAGCUCAGAUGAGUGACCUCAGGUGCUGUGGACAGCCCCAGAUUCAAGAAUUGUAUCUGUUUUCUUGGGAGUCAUCACUGAACUAAUGUCCCACAUGGUGUUACUUACUGUAGACGCUCUCUCUUGGAGGAGGCCUAGAGCACACAUCCUAAUUGCUUGUGGUACUCAGAGAGGGGGUGCUAACUCUGAGGCCCUGGCCAAAUUCCAGUUUAGGGAUGUGGGUCUUCUUCUUGCCAUUCUAAUUGGAAAUGUGCAUCGCUUCCCAUUUUCCCUGUUGACCUCAGUGCAAACUGCAUUAGCCUGUUUCUUUGCCCUGGUCCCAAGUAAGAUGCUGGUGUGUAUUAUAUGGGCCAAGUUCAUGCCUUAUCUUAAUGCACAAGAGUUGAGGAAGGAGUGAGCUCCAUGUCAAAGUGCCCUGUAGUUGAAGCGUAAACUCUUGUGAGGCUUUGGAGAUGAAAUGGGCCCUUUUAGCAUAAAUUGGGGAAUAUGCACUAGCCGUAGGCUUCCAGCCAUGAGGUGUGAAUUGAAACCUAUUUCCCUCUUUUCUUAUAGCAUGUUGAGAAAAUCUGUUGGGUUUUCAGCAGUCAGGGAAGGCCGGAGUUCUGCAGCUUUAAUCUGGGUAACUGAGGCUGGUUGGGGCAAGACUUUGGUUAAUUAACUGGGUUCUCAGAUGCCACAGACUCCGUGAAAAGUCACCAUUAUUUUCAAUGGUUGUGAUAGAAUUUCCCCCCAGUAGCCAUUAUUUUAAGAUUAUAUUGCAGAGUUGCUUUAUUUGAGCUUUUCAUGUAUACACAAUCCCAAACUGGAAGAAAUAAUUUUAAAAAAUAAAAAAGGAAUCCUGCUGUGAAAGGUAUAUAUUACUCUAGAUUUUUCUUACUGUAAAUAUUGUAAGAUUGUAAUACUGUCGAUAUUUUAUUAACCAACAAAUGUUAAUCUAUGUGAAUUCAGACUUAUUUUAAAUGUGCUUCUUAUUUACUGUGUGUGGUCCCUGUUGCUGACAGUAUUAAGUUAUAUUCUGAUGUAAGAUUAACUUUAUUAAAGAAUGUAAACAUUAAUGUUUCCUUAUGGGAAAACAAAUAAAGUAUAAAGAAGACAAUUCUUUUCAUUAAAUAUACUGUGUAUUUACACUUGCUAGACCCAGCACCACUUAUCAAUUUAGUACACUGUUCAGAAUUUUAGUUAACACAGCUGACAUGGUUGUGCUCUGUUUUGAAAGUCUAAAAGGAGGUAUUGUUGGAAUAUAAAGUUUGUAUUUGUCUGCUGUGAAUCAUAAUCUUGAAAUUUCUAAUCAAGUUUGUAAAACUUUUAUAGUAAAACAUUUUAAUGACAAUUUAAAAAUUUACUUCUCUAAAGAAUGGUCAAAAGAGUAUCCUUUCAAAAAUAGAAUUGUUCUUUAAUAUCUUUCCAAAAUGACUUUGGUUAAAUGGACCAGAUGUAUAUUAGUUAAAAUUUAGGACAAAGUUGUGAUAUUCUUUGAGUUUACAAGUUAAUCCGUAUUGGAGAUGUGCCAAUUAUACAGUAGAAUAUCAUUAAUUUGCACUGUUUGGGGACCCCAUUAAGAAUGCUGAAUUUUGCCAACUAAGAAGUAAGCAAAUGCAAUUUAAAAAGUAAAUUUGAGCAUUCUGUAUUAAAUAUGUGCAGUUAUUAUCACAUGAAGAAGCGCAGUGUGUCGGGCUGUAAUAUAACCAUACUUGCUGUCAUGUUCUCCCAUCUCAGUGCUGGGAACUCACCAUGUGGAAACCAAGCAAAUGUGUUGUGCAUCAGCCGGCUUGAGUUUGUUCAAUAUCAAAGCUGAAACUAGCGAGGUCUGCUGUACUGCUUAUUGAAGUAUUGUGAUUCUUUUAGGCAUUGAUUCUUACAAAAUAUAUACUGUAACAGUAUACUUUGUACAGAUUUAAAUUUUAUUUGAAAAAAUGAAAUAAAGUAGGCAAAAAAAUAAAGAUGUUUAUUUUUCAUGUGACUAUAUAAACAGA